AAUGGCAUUAAGGAUGUCAGGUGUGGCCCAGUGUGAAAGUGGUGGCAUAUGAAAGAAACACGGCCUCCACGGCUAACUGACGUCAUGACAUAACCGCCUCCAGUCGAUGAUGCGUGGUACUGCUUGGUGUGAUGCGCAACUGUAGGCCUACCAUUGCGAUCGCAUCUCGGUAAAUCAACGGAAUAGACAGAGACUUAAACAGCUACCGAGGGGAAAAAUCAGAGAGAUCGAGCGCAAGAAAUUUCCAACUGGUUUUACGGAGAUGACACUCGGAAAUUGCGAUUUAGUUGAAAACGGGACAGUGAAUCUAUCCGGUUUUGAUGAGGACUGAAUCGAGAUUGGACCGUGGGAUUCUGGCGAACUAAUGGUACGUGUUUGAAUACUGACUGACUUUUUUAUCAACCACUGCACACACAGUGACAAUGGCCGUGGCUUCGUUGUGUAAAAUCACAGUGUUGCUGAUCGCUGUUCUGCACAACUUACAAACAGCUUCAUCCCAGAUGUUCCAAAGGGAACCCAGAGAUGCCGAGAUACUGAUGAACACUCCCGUGACUAUGCAUUGCAGUAUCGUCGAAGCACAGGCCACCGUGUUCUGGACUGUCCCGGGCAAUCCUACCCAGAUCGUGGUGGGAGACAGGCGGGAACUUCCGUCUGGUACCCCUAGUAGAUUCUCGGUGGAAGGAGAGGAAGGAAGCGGAGAUUACAACCUCGUGAUCAGUCAGGUUCAGAUCGAGGAUGAGGGCCAGUACAUAUGUAAUAUCAUCGUAAACGACGGGAGAGGGGACAUCCCUCCAGCCACGUUCAGUUCCCGACCUGCGACUCUUACGGUAAUCCGAGUGCCACCAACAGGCGACCCCGUCUGUUGGAUCCCAGAGGGAAAAAUUGCUGAAGUUGGAGACCAAUUGUCCCUACGAUGCGCCUCUAGCGACCCCAGUGUGGAGCUGAGGUGGUAUCUUGGGGACCAACCACUGAGCAGUUCUAACUUCAACACCAAUUCACCUGGGCCAGGGAUAAACGCUGAGUUUUUAGCCCAGGCUUCAGCAAAUCAACAAACUUUCACCUGUCAGCCGGAUUCAGGGCAGUAUAGAGCCUGUCAGAUCACCCUCGAAGUUCAGCACUCGCCGAUUGUGACUAUCGAAGCCGAAACGGACAUGGAAACUGGCGUGGAUGCCAUGUUCCGGUGCGUGGCGACUGGAAAUCCACCCAACUUUGCCUACACUUGGCAUUACAACGACUAUCAGGUCUCCUUCGAGCAACAUCCGAGAUUCAACCGGGCCAGACUGGAAAAGAGCGGGUCUGUUCUGGUCCUUCCCGACUUAGAGGACAACGACAACAACGUGACGAUCCGCUGCGAGGCGGUGAACGACAUUGGAGAAGCAACGGCCAGGCAUGCGAUCCAAGUCCUGCCCGGUAAGACGCUUGCUCAAAUAGUCGGGCCUAUCCUACUUGGCAUCAUCCUCGGGCUUGUUCUGAUCGUCCUCGUCGUGUAUGCCAUCUGGUGGCGCCGACAGAGGAGAAAGGUGAAACAAAUCAAUAAGAAAAAGAGCGUGAGGAGGUCCCUGUCCUUGUCCAGACGCAACAAGGAGGAGGUGACGACUGUAGACUCGGGCAUCGUCUACACCCAAACGGUCGGUGGCUUCGGAAGUCGCUAUGGAAAGAAACCCAGCAGCAACGGUGACCUGGUGCGGUCGGGGCUCGAUCUGGAAUCAGCCGGGUACGGUCCGGAUGUCACCAGUAUUCCAGCCUACCGGGCAACUGCCGAGGAGGAGAGAGAGGACGACGGGGCACUGAGGCCGAUCCCCAGGAAGAACUCGAUGUCGUCCCUAGCAAAUGGAGUUGUCAAGGGUCCGACGACGAGCGCAGAUGACGCUGCCCUGAUCAGCCCUGACGGGGAGAAAUCCUUUACCUACUACGUCAAUCCUCACUUCGACGAGUACCGCAACUCAAUGGUGAUGAAAGCAGCCGAGAAUGAUCUAAAUGUCGAGGAGGAAGAGAAUAACUUGCCCCCUUACAACAUCGGAGAGGAGUCUCCAGAGCUGAAACUAAAGAACAGUGACGAGGACGACAACAUAGUCAGCACAGAACUUUAAAAUGGCUUAACUCCAGUAAAAAAAAAGGAGAAAAAACCUAAAAACCGGACGUCAGGGGAACUAGUUUAUUGUUGCCAUGUUGUUCAUACAACUGGCUGGCAGUAGCUGGCAUUUCCAGCCAUACUCAAAGAAAGGACACCCGCUGGAUGAGUAGAUCUGCUGCGAUUAUUUUCCCCCCAUAACAGAACUGCUGGGUUUCCAGAAUGGCGAGUGAUACACUCAACAGUAUUUCGAUAUCACUUUCUUUGUAUAGUGCACGAAGCCUCAAGAGAGUUAUCAAAAUCCCCACCAUUCUCGCUCUUCAAAAGGUCUGUACUCCCAUGCAACUGCUAAGUACCAUCACUGAAGACAAUCUGUGAAAGAUAUGACAUCUAAAUUCUUGUACAACAUGCUUCAAAAAUGUAUUAUGCAAAGCACACAGUCGACGUUCUUGUCACAGUGAAUUUUCUUGAUUUUCAAGAGGCAAAAAAAAUGAUUAUCGAUGUCUUAAAAAUCGGAUGGGGCCAUGGAUACUUUGUGCAUGACUCUGCGACCGGCUUUUAUGAUGACAUGUACAUGUCUCGAACAUGUGUUUGCUUUUCCGAGCAUCUAUCUUUAGCUUUAAAAAAACACGUACAGGCAUUGCAAUUUGUCAUUUAUCUCUCGAAACUUUAUAAUGGAUUGUUUAUCGAACUGUACCUAAAGAAUUUCAUAUCGUCGAAAAAAGUCAUCAUUUAGCGAGAAACAACAAUUUUGCAACAAGCUUUUACGUGGCAAUCUUGAUGUAUUCGUUCACACAAAAUCAAAAUUGAUCAUUUAAUAAGCAUGUGUAAAUGCUUUAAAAACGUUUCUCAGUUACGUUUUUUUUUUAUCAAGGAUGGAGUUUUGUACUGAUGGGUUGAUUUUUAUAGCACUGCACGCAGCGUAUUUUGUCAGUUUGUGUGUGUUAUAUUUUUAAACAUGAUUGUGAAUACAAUGUGUAGCAAACAUAAUUAUUUUACGAUAGUAAAGGCCAUUGUGAUCAGCCUGGCUGGAUAUACAAUUUGCCUGUUUUUGCGAUGAAAUUAUUUUUAAGUUAAAAAGAUUUCAAUAUCUUAUCAUACUGCAGAAGGAAUUGUAAAUGAAGACUUGAGCAAUCCUGUACACGUAUUCGUAAAUGGACCUCCUAGUCUAGAAAACUUUAUAGCUGAAAAGGUCAACCGAGCCUUAAGAUGAUCAUUCUCUUUCUGUAUAACCAAUCAGUCCGAUGCCCCCGUGUUAGAAGUACAAAGAUUUUAAAAUAAUGCCACCCCAAUCUGCUGGAGUACAGACGUAGUUCAUUAGUUUCAAAAAAUUGGGCUAUUUUUAGGGUAUGAAUAGAUUUGCUGAUUUAUAAUGAAAUAAAGUAGAAUUGUUUUGCUUGGCUUUUGUAACUUAUAAAGUAUAUGUAUUUAAACAUAAAUGGUUUUAACUGGUGACUAUGAAAUAGAUGCAAAAUAGAACUCGCAGUUUUUUUGUCAAACAAAAUACCUUGAUGGUUGAGAUUAUUGCGACUGCAAUAAUUUCGGUUUUGUUUUCAUGUAUACAUAUCCAUUCGGAAUCGCAAUUAUUUGGGUCGAUAAUUUUAUGUAAUCUUUUGGUAAAGUUAAUUAAUUGAAUUGAUUUUAAUCACAUAAAAGAAUUAUGAGAAGGGGGUUAUCCUUGUCCUUUAGAUUUAUAUAUUUCAGCCCAAAAAUGACGCAAUGUAAACCUUUCAUUCGUUUGCCAACGAAUUCGUUUUCCAAGGCCAAAUUUAAAAGACUUACAUGUAGGUUAAUGUUCAGGUCAUCUCACUUUUUCGAGAUACCGUUCUUCAGGAUUUAAAAGUAUCGCCAAAUUAUUGUUAUAUAGCAAAAUAGUGAUCUGUUUAUUGCAGAAUUUUGCAGAAUUUCAGUGACGCAAAUAUAGAGAGCACUUUUAUUAAAACACAAAAAUAAACA